ACGGACUUGAGCGCUUCCAACCCACGGGACUCUACUUUCUGCAUCCAUCCAUCACCUCCUCCUCCGCAGAGGGGAUAUUCUCUCAGUGGGUUUCCUCCUGUUGAAGUGCUGCCUGCCGCUCUUUGUUUGGAUGUUUGGACCUUCAGUCGGUGCGUCUCGGGCCUCUGGAUGAAGACUCCUCUCAGCCCCUCUCAGCUCCUGGAGAGUGGGCAGAUCUUUGCCUUUGGAGGGAUGUGUCAGGAGCUGAUGGACCGGCCCACACCUACAACCAUCAGCCUCUCAGUCCAGCAGACUCCAGCCCCAGGUCAGGGCGGGGCCUACUCGCUGUGUGAGGUGUGUAACCUGCAGCUGACCUCUGCUGGUCAGGCCCAGCUGCACUACAAUGGCAGGUCUCACCUGAGGAGAGUGAGACAGCUCCAGGCUGGAGAGACAGGACAACAGGCAGCAGCAGGGGCACAGUCUAGGUCUCUUCCCCAGGCCACAGGGCUCAGCUCCCAGCCUGCAGGACUAACUCCGACCCCAGGCCCCAGUUCAGGCCUCAGCGCGCCACCCAGCACGACUGCAGGAAGUGGGUGUAGUGCAGUGGGCGGGGCGUUGCCGGGGCUCAUAGGCGCCACUGGUCCCUCAGUGAUGAUGAAGCCGUUCCUGUCGUUUCCUGUCGAGACGACAUCGCCAGUCGGACUUUUCCCAAACUUCAACACGAUGGACCCGGUGCAGAAGGCCGUCAUCAACCACACUUUUGGCGUUACCUUGGUACCCAAGAAGAAACAGGUCAUUUCCUGUAACGUCUGCCAGCUGAGGUUCAACUCUGAUUCUCAGGCAGAGGCUCAUUACAGAGGCAGUCGUCACGCCAAGAAGCUCAAGUCUCAGGAGAACAAGGCCAAGGCCAAGCUGUCAAUCACUGGAGAGACCAAUGGGAGCAGCACAAGUCCUGCUGGCCCCGCCCCUCCUGUCUCAGCUACCAACAGCAUCAAUCAGCACACAGAACUCUUAUCUAGCCUCAUCGACUCCUCCUCUCCUCUCAAACCCUUCCUCCUUCCCUCUUCGUCCCCCCUCUCCUCCUCCUCCUCCUCUAGCAGAGCAGGCAGCGAGCCUCCUCCCUCCAGUCCCCCCUCUGCUCUCCCCGCCCCAGGCCUCUCCUCUUCCUCUUCCUCCCCCUCCAAAGCCUCUCCGCCUCCCCCUCCUCCAGCUCCUGUCACCUCCUCCUUGUCCCCUGCUCCUCUUCCUCCUGCUCCUUCCCAGGCCUCCACCCAGGAUGCUCCUCUCUCGGCAGAGUCGGAGGAGGAGAAGGCGAAGAAGCUGCUGUACUGCUCUCUGUGCAAAGUCGCCGUCAACUCUCUGUCUCAGCUGGAGGCGCAUAAUGCAGGUUCAAAGCACAAGACGAUGCUGGAGGCUCGCAGCGGCGCCGGGCCAAUCAAGGCCUACCCUCGACCUGGAGCCAAGCUGAAGAACGGCAGCACCUCCGGACUGAAAGGCUCCGGCCUGCAGAACAAAACCUUCCACUGCCAGAUCUGCGAUGUCCACGUCAACUCCGAGAUCCAACUCAAGCAGCACAUCUCCAGCAGGAGGCACAAGGACAGAGUGGCAGGAAAACCCAGCAAACCCAAAUACAGUCCUUAUAACAAACAGCAGCGCAGCUCACUCACUAAGGAGUUGGUGAAGCCCUCCCUGUCUCCCUCCUUCCUCUCCACUCCCUUCACUCCUCCACCUUCCUCCCUCACCUCCACCAUCACACUCCCUCCCUCCUCUCUCUCCUCCUCUCCCCUCCUCACUACCACCUCCUCGCACCUCACCCCUGCCAUUUCUCUUCACCCUCGCCCUCCAGCCCCCUCGUCCCUCUUCACGGCCUCCUUCCUGCGUCCUGCUCCCGGACCAAUCAGAACGAGCCAAGGAUCGAUUCUCUUCACACCCUACUGACGGCAGUGUUGAGCCAGUUUGUUUGGGCUACAGGGGCAGAAGAGUCCAGAUGAGACUGCUCUGCCAUCAUGGCUGCAGGGAUUCAAACCUGCAACCUUCUGACCUGACUAAGGCUUCAGAAAGAGACAUGAGAGGACAGAACCUCCUCCUCCUCCGCCGCCUCCUUCUCCAUCUGUCUGGAUCAGCUGCCCUCUCCUUCUUCUUCUGGGGUCUGAAAACACCCAGCUGACCCAACAGCAACCUGUGAUGAUUUUAUCCAGACCAGAAAUGGACUCGCUAUGUUAAAUAAACCACAGACCUGAAGCUGGCAGGGCAGAGGCUGAAAGGUUCCCACACAUCCUGGAUUGUUUUAAUGCAGUCAUGGAUAGCUUAUCAUGGAAAAAUCCUGGAAAAAUUACAAAAUUGCCCCAAAAUUUAUAGAAAGCAAUAAGUGGUCCAGAAAAAAAUCAGUAUGCAGCUUUUCUGUCGUCCCCAUUCAUCAUUUUGAUUCUCCAGUUUCAGCUGAGUCUCUCAUCCAACAUCCUUCAAUUUAUCUUUCUUUGACAUUUUUACCAAAAAGAACCCAGAAGUACCUUAUCCUUUAUGACAAACUACUCUUUGUGGCAGCCUGAAUCGACUGAAAAUAAAGCCGGAGCUUGUGUCAUAUAUUUGUUCGAUUGAGAUAACAAGAACCAGAACCAGGACUGGUGUUGAUCCAGAUUCUAACAAGUCUCAACUCGAUAGCUGAACCUGCUCCUGGUUAAAAUGCUGAUGAAUGAACAUGACAAAGACGCCCUGAUGUCGGUAAUCUACUGCAUUUUGAUGCAGUUUGUGUUGAGUCCGGAAUCAAAGGAGUUCAGAGGCGGUUGGUUCUGUCCGAGCAAAUCUCCUCUUCCUCCUGCUGGGGGAACUAACCAGCACAAACCUGAUGUCAGAGAACUCAGCAGACGUCCUCCGUCGUGAGCGAAUACCACUGCAGAUGUCUUCACGUCGUAUCAAGGCUGGACCGUGAUGCCGCAGGUGUCCUCCCUCAGACGUCCCUGCGCUCGCUCGUGUUCGAUUCGUUCCCAACAUACAGCGUCAAGAGCAAACAAACUGGAAAAGGCUCCAUAUGUCUGUUAGUGUCAACAAAUCCUGCAAAAAGACCAGAACCAGCUGUGUUAGUCCUGUGUUAGACUUCCCCCCUCCCUACUUCCCUGUUAGUGUCAGCCCCGAACCCACUGGCUCCUAAAGAAGCUCUAAAUCUUUAAAAGUGGCUCACAAAUACAGAGUUUCAUUUUUAGCAAAUGCUACUCAAACAGGAGGAAACAGUGCACUUGUUGGGGACUUUUCACUGCUUUCAGUUUGACCUUCAGGUAACGUUGUUUUUCCUGUUUAAACGUGUCCGAUCACCUGACUGCUCAUGUUUCUUGACCCGACCCCAGACAACACGCCUUAACAGAGAGUCCCAGCAGGAUGGUUAAUUCAGGACUCAACUCGCUGUAUGUUUGGAACCAGAGUUUGAACUGAAGUACGCGAUCCUGAUACCUGAUGUCCACACUUCUGCCUGCAUCUGUUGUCGCCUCCACUGCCGAUGUGUUACAGACUCACUCCGGGACUGGGCUACUUCUUGGUUUUACAGUUAAAAAAAGGCCUUUUGUCCUGACUGUUGCCUGGUGUGAACAAGUCUGUCCUGCUGUCACUGAGUCUGACCAGAACGUUCUGGAGUUUAAAGCGUCUGAGCGGAACGUUUACUGUACAUUUAACACUGAAACUUUUAUCUCAGAGAGUCAGAGGAACUUUUUAUGACUUCAACACGUCACUGGAACUUUUCACAACCUGCAACAGCAAAGGAACAUUUUCCUUAAAUAAGCUUAUUCACUUUCCAUGAGCUGGAGAAAAUAUUAACAUUUGUAUGGUUGCUUUUUCUGUGCUCUGAUAAUUUAUUUUACAGUGUUUGUUGUAAAUAUUGACCCAAAGCUUUUUCACGACUUGCGAACAACCACGUGAUUGCAGUCAGCAUACUGGUCCAGGGACAGAUAUCUGGAAAAAACUACUGGGCAGAUUUGCAUGAACCCUUUAGAUUCAGCCCCAUUGCCUUUCCUGUAGUGCCACCUUCAGGACGAACAUCACAUUUUUAGCUCCACCACUAGUAAGACUAUAAGAAAAUAGAUGAACAAUUAGCAUGUUGUGUGUGACAAAAUAAUCUCAACUCAAAUGACCACUUUCAGCUGCCAGAGUCAUGAAGAGAGCUGGCUCAGGUAUCAUCACAUGACCUAUGUGUUGUGCUUCGGUCAUCUGAUGACAGGUGGACGUAUAUAGAGCAAGAUGAUAGACCCCGUCUGCAUUCAAAGGUGGCUUCGGAUAUGAAUGACUCCUGGGCCGUGACCUUUGACCUCUUGGUGUAAACAGUUUUAGUGUUCACAGACAGCUGAUGUUGUGUUCAUUGUUCAGUAAAGAAGAGUAGGACAUGUGGUUGAAAAGUGGACCCUUGAGAUGAGAUUAUUUUCUCUCACAAACUGAUGAUGGUCAGGAAUGUUGUUCCAUGUUCAACGUCAGUGUAGUUUUGUCUGUCUGUCACUGUCAUAUAGUGGCUGUAAUGAGCACUGCAGCCUCUGGGGGCACUAGCUCUCAUUAGCAUUCUUACACUUCCAUGUAGUAAAAUGAAAAUAUUAGGUGGUUGUUUGACAGUCGUGAAAAAGGCCUCACAAAACCAGGAGAAACCAUAGAAAACACAAAGUUAGAGAUCUGCUGUAAAAGCUCCUCCUCCUCCAUGGUGGGCUGUUUUUUGUGAGUCUUGUCCACUCACCAUUUUUGUCUCCAGCUCUGACUGCGACGUUAACCGAUCACCUUUUUACCAGAGGGGGCGACACCCGAUCAGUUAAUUAUAAAGCACCUGAGCAAAUUAUGCAAUGAGUGCUGAACGGGUGCUGAAUCUUACCAGCAGGAGCAGAGUUUCAUUUCCAGCCAGUGCAGACAAGAGAAACAAUUCAAAAUCAAUUACAUACAUACAUACUUUUUAGAACUUGAAUUUAUUGGUUUGUCUUAUGAUCCAUGCACAACACAUUUACAGAUGGAUUACACAAAAGUAUUUUCUAGUUCUAUGAGUAAGGUUGCCAGUGCGCUCUGACCAGCUGGUGAGUUACUCUACAUAUCUGUGUCCAUGUAUAAAGAAGAGAGGGUCACACUCAGCAGAGUAUCGGUUAAUAAGUUCACUCAGUCAUCUGUGGGGCGAGACACACACCUCUGAAGUCCUGAUGGCUGAAAGCGUUUUGUGGUACUGCCAGACUGAGUGAACUUAUUCAACAACACAUUGCUGAGUGCGACUCUCUCUUCUUUCUACAUGGAAAAGCAAUAAUCUCUGAAAUAAAUGUUGGUACUUCUUGCCACAAAGGCUCCAUCUAAAGCAGGCAUAUCAAACUGAUUCCAUAAGGGGCCGUGUGGCUGCAGGUGUUUGUUCCAACCAAGGAGGAGCACACCAGGCUGAAAUCAAUUAGUGAUCCCUUGAUGUUGAUUCGUUGGCCUGGUGUGCUCAUCCUUGGUUGGAAUGAAACUAGUCUCACAUGAGUCAUCCCAAAGCCACAUCAAUGAAAGACACUUGCUUUUAAACACAUUGAGGAACACUGUGUGGACCAGACUUUAAAGGCUGGGUAAGAAAAAUGUGAAAUAUUAAUAAUAUGAGCAGAAAUCCUCAGUAAACUCUCUCCUAAUUGGCUGUUUUCUAUGGUUUCAACUGGUCAGUGUGUCUGUCUGUCUUCCUGCCUCCUCCUGAAUAACUUGAAGCAUCUCAGUCUUCCAAUAAUGAACAAACAGGUUUAAGGACAUUAUGCGUAAGUGUGUUUAUCUAUGCAGUAUUUGGUCUCACGGUGCAGUAACUCUAUUUCAUCAACAUGCAACUGUAAAAAGAAGUGUCAAAUCCGUGUUGAUGAUGCUGAUUAACCUCCGCUAAGGCUGUUUGACAGCAGCUCGAUGGAAACUCUGAGCUGUUCAACCGAACUUCCUCCUCCGUCUGAUGAUGUCAUCAUGAUGCAAUAAUGUACAGAUCAGCUGCUGCUCUUCUAUUCGCUUCGCUUCCUUAUCAGCAAUACUGAGGCCUGAGUGUCUUGAGACUUGCCCGAGUCUCGAUGAUGGGGCCGAGUUGCAAUACCGGAAUGAAACAAACAGGGAUGUUUAUAUUGACGUGUUGUUUCAAGGUGACGUGAUAGAAACUUGUCAUAUCUGUUCAAACUGUUGCAAUGUAUGUGUUGAAAUGUGGGACUGUGAGUUUGUGUUUGUGUGUGUGAGAGUGUGUGUAUUCUCUCCGUGCUUGGAUUGAACCUCCACCGUCUGAUGUAAUCAUUUUGCUUCUGGAAUAAAAGCUCAUUUUCCAUUAACCCAGAGGACAUGCAGACAGUGAAUAAGUCAAGUAUUUAAAGGAGUAGUUAACUCAAAGUGCUGCACACAGGGCUCCGCUCUGAGCCAGGCGCUAGUUUUUUUUAACACAUUUGAUAUGUUCAAGUUAGCUGCUGCAAAUAGAGUUUAGUUAAGUAUAGUUUAGUUGGACAGUCAUUUGUCCCAGCGGCUUUUGAAUUUGAUUAAACUUUCUUUUAAAUUAAAAAGUUCAACCUGAGGCAGCACAUGAGACUCUGCACAAAAGAAAAGUUCAGAUCGGUUCAACCCAUCGUCACUAUUCAGACCUUUCAGAGAUGAGCCUGAAUGAACACAGUUGAGUUGCUUAAAUCUCGGCUUCAGAGAACCUGCGUCCACCUCUUCGUGUACAGUAUUUAUUCUCAGAGCUUGUUUUUUUUUAUGAUGAUGAUAUUGAUGAUGCAAAUUUGCGAACACAA